AUGGCAGCUCAAGAUACCGUCAAUUGUGACUUCCCCAUCAUAGAUUCGCAUAUACAUCUCUACCCUGCAUCCCAUAUCUCGUCCUUGAAUUGGACGGCAGAUCUUCCAGCAGAACACCCACUAAAUCGGCAAUGCUCUGUUGAGGAGUACAAAGCAGCCACACGGGACACACCGAACCUUCUUGGAUUUGUGUUUCUGGAAACAGACCGCAAAUCUGGUUUAGGCGAGAAACAAUGGCAAGAUGCUCUGGACGAGGUCGAUUUCUUGGUGAGGAUUGGAAGAGGUACUCCUCAAGACGACGAUGGCCAUCAGCCGGAAGAUGCCAGACUCGUCCUCGGUAUCGUCCCGUGGGCCCCUGUUGCCGCUGGCGAGAAAGCCUUAUCAGCAUAUGUGAACCAAGUUCGGCAGCGUUGCGGAGAGAAGUGGGAUAUCGUCAAAGGCUUUCGGUACCUGGUCCAAGACAAGCCUUCUGGGGUUAUGCUGCAUCAGCACUUCAUUGAAGGCCUGCAAUGGUUGGCCAAUAAUGGCCUCACGUUCGACCUUGGGGUUGAUGCCCGAUCUGGUGGACUGCAUCAAUUGGAGGAGGCUUGUGAGAUGAUGGACACAGUGUACGCCGGAGGGAGCCAGCUCAGAAUCAUCAUUAAUCACUUCUGCAAACCCGAUUUACGCUUGACGGCAGGUGAAGCUUUGGAAGGACACGCAGAUUUUACAAGGUGGAAAGACUGCGUCUACAAAAUGUCGAAUCAUAACUCAACAUACAUGAAAUUGUCAGGCUUGUUUUCGGAACUUCCACCACAGAGCAUGAAUGCACCGACCGAUGUUUCAGUCCUGGUAAAUCGCACGAAACCAUGGGUAGACGUUGUCUUUAAAGCCUUUGGGCCUUCCAGAAUCAUGUACGGGUCGGACUGGCCCGUUUGCACCGUCGGUGGCCCGGGUAUUCAGGCUUCAUGGCAACAUUGGCGGAUGUUCGUCAGCGCAAUACUCAAGUCUCAAGGUCUGACUGCCGAAGAACAAACACGUGUUUGGUCGAACACGGCUGCAGAGGCCUAUAAUAUCUGGACCACAUGA